AUGAGCGGACCAAAGCUUGAGCAUGGGGGAUUCCCCAUCCCAUGGACUCCUACCGUCCGACCCGAAGACGAGACAAAUAUGUAUCCAUACAGGAAGCAGGUUCCGAGUACCAGAAACCUACCUGUCGGCUGGACGUUUGCACCGGGCAGACGACCUUUUCACCAAGAAACCGUAUUCGAUGAAGCGGUUGAGAUACCAAUGCGAGACGGAGCAAAGAUUUACUGUGACAUAUUCAGACCCGUUACGGACGAAAAGGUCCCUGCUAUACUGGCAGUAAGCCCGUAUGGCAAAAAUGGACAUGGCUUCCGUAUCUUUGACAACAUUCCGUUUCGACUUGGACUACCAGAGAGUGCCACCUCUGGGCUAGAAAAGUUUGAAGGCCCUGACCCUGUUGAAUGGUGCCCUCGAGGAUAUGCCAUUGUCAACGUAGACAUCCGAGGUUCCUGGGAUAGUGAAGGUAACCUCUAUAUCGAAGGAAGUCAAAUGGGUAUCGAUGGCUACGACACGGUCGAAUUCAUUGCAGCACAGCCAUGGUGCAAUGGUGCUGUCAGCAUGUGUGGAAAUUCCUGGCUAGCAACAGAGCAGUGGGCGACUGCCAUCCAAAAGCCGCCUUCGCUCAAGUGUAUUGCACCUUGGGAGGCGUUUACAGACAAGUAUCGCGACCUCAUUUGCCGUGGCGGUGUCCCCAAGACGAAUUUCGCUUCAUUCAUCUUCAAUAAGACGAUUCGUGGCAGAAACCUCCGGGAAGACAUUGGUGCGGCGCUCACCGAGUGGCCCCUGUUCAAUGGCUACUGGGAGGACAAGGUUUACGACACCAAAGAUCUCACCUUGCCUAUAUAUGCGCUCGUGAGCUACUCAUCGGGCAACCACGGCUCCGGGACCGUGCGAGGCUUCAAUAGGGCAGCCUCCAAGGACAAGUGGAUUCGCUUUCAUCCGACUCAGGAGUGGUUUGACCUUUACACUCCGCGAUACAUCGAUGACCUGCAGCGUUUCUAUGAUCGGUAUUUGAAGAACAUUGACAAUGGGUGGGAGCAGACCCCUAAAGCCAGGGUGUCCAUUCUCACUUAUGGAAACCGUUUCGAGCCUGGUCCAAUGUGGGACGUCCCUUUCGCUGACUAUCCCGUCCCCUCGACGGAAUAUCGUGCACUCUACCUUCAAGAUGCCGGAAAACUGGCUACUUCAUCGCAAGCCAAGGAGAGCUCCGUCGCACAUUAUGCAGACAGCUACCAGGCCAAGCCAUCUGAAUUUCAAUUGACAUUUGACAAAGCUACAACCCUUGUUGGCCAUUCCAAAGCAGUGUUGUGGAUGUCCUGCAGAGACAAGGACGACAUGGACGUCUAUGUCUCCAUCCGCAAGCUGAGCACGAGUGGCGAGGUGCUCGAACACGUCAAUGUUCCGUGGGAAAAGUUGCCCGAAGGCGUCAACACUCAAUACGACGUUCCCAUGGCGCAGACAGUCAAGUACACCGGACCGACUGGCAUCCUUCGGGCCUCACACCGAGCCCAGAUUCCAGAACGAAGCACUCCCAUGAUCCCGUACCACCCACACGAUAGGGAGGAGAAAGUUACGCCGGGUGAUGUUGUCAAGCUGGAGAUCUCGCUCUGGCCCAUGGGCAUCCACUUUGAAGCUGGGGAGAGCCUGCUAUUCCGUAUUCAGGGCUUUAUUGACACGAGCUCUGAUUUCCCGAGUCACAUUGACAAGAAGCUCGAUAAUCUGAACGAGGGUCAGCAUAUUAUCCAUUUUGGUGGCAAGUAUGAUUCGAGCAUCAUUGUGCCUGUUGUUCCAUUGCCAUCUCAAUAG